AUGGAUCCCCAAGAAGUGAAGCCCACCGUGGUCUGUGUCUUCUGCGGCUCACUACCUGGCAACUCGCCGAGCCAUCUAGAAGCAGCCCGCGCGCUGGCCAAAGAAUUCCACCAGCAGAAUGUCCAACUGGUGUACGGCGGUGGCACCGCUGGAAUCAUGGGCGAACUCGCGAAAACGCUUGUAUCACUAUCAGGACCCCAGGCGGUCCACGGGAUCAUCCCUCGGGCCCUGGUUGAGAUCGAAGAAGGGUACAAGAGCCCAGACAACCAGGCCUUUGUAAGCAAGGAAGGCAAGGCUGCCGAGCGUGUUGUAAGCCAGUCUGUCCAGGAGUCCAACUACGGGAUGGUCACCGUUGUUCCUGACAUGCACACGCGGAAGAGACUGAUGGCCCAGAAGGUCCUCGAGGGAGGCCCUGGCUCUGGAUUUGUUGCCCUUGCGGGAGGGUUCGGCACCAUGGAGGAGCUCAUGGAGAUGACCACCUGGAACCAGCUGGGGAUCCAUAAAGCGGGCAUCGUUCUGCUGAAUAUCAACGGCUACUGGAACGGGCUGCUGCAGUGGGUCAAGACUUCCGUCCAAGAGGGUCUGGUGAGCGCGGAGAAUGCUGGCAUCAUUGCGGAGGCUACGCAGGCGGAGGACGUCUUGAGGAUGCUGAAGGAGUAUCAGAUCAGCAGUGGUCGUUUGGCGAUGACUUCGCGCCUGGUCUUGGUCAUUGGUGACCUCUUCAUUCCCGACAGAGCCCCUGACCUCCCAGCUAAGUUCAAGAAACUCCUGACUCCAGGCAAGAUCGGCCAGAUCCUCUGUCUCGGCAACCUCACCGAUCGAAGCACGUUCGAACUCCUCCGCCAGGUCGCGCCAGACUUGCAAUUAGUCAAGGGUGACUUCGAUGUCGACUCCCCCAACUUGUCGCUCUCCAAAGUCGUGACCCACGGUAGCCUUCGGAUCGGCUUCACCCAUGGCCACACCAUCAUUCCGCCGGGGGACGCCGAUGCCCUGCUCAUUGCUGCGCGCCAGAUGGACGUUGAUGUCCUGCUCUGGGGCGGCACCCAUCGUUUCGAAGCCUUUGAGCUGGAGGGCCGAUUCUUCGUCAACCCUGGCAGUGCCACCGGGGCCAUGACCACAGCGUAUGGGCCGGAAGGGGAGGAGCCAACACCGAGUUUCUGUCUGAUGGAUAUCCAAGGUGAUGUGCUGGUGUUGUAUGUGUACCAGCUGAAGACGGACGUCAACGGGGUCGAGACGGUCGCGGUUGAGAAAGUAUCUUUCCGCAAGAACAACUUCCCGUCCUCAUGA